CCACCUCCCGCCUCCUCGCACCCUCGCGCGCAUCCCCCUGCCCGCCCCCUCGCCGUCGCCCCUCACUCGUGCGAUGACGGCGUUCCUUCCGCUCGAUGCGGGCGCACCACUGCCGCCGUCGCCAGCGUUUCUGGUGCCCUCGCCCGAGCCAGCCGGCCAUGUCAAGCGGGUGAUCAAAGCCGUCCUGAAGGCGCGCCGCAUCGCCGUCGUCUGCGGUGCGGGCAUCUCCGUGCAGGCUGGUAUUCCUGAUUUCAGAUCGUCGGAGGGGCUCUUCCAAUCCUUGAAGAAGGAUCACCCGAUGCUCAGCUCUGGCAAGGACCUGUUCGAUGCGUCGGUGUUCAACUCUGAAGAUACUACGUCGCUCUUCUGUCAAAUGAUCGCGCAACUGUCGCAACUGUCAGACGCAGCCCAACCUACGGCAUUUCAUCGAUUCCUGCGAGUCCUGAACGACCGCCGGCGUCUCCUCCGCGUAUACACGCAGAAUAUCGACGCACUCGAGGAGAAGUCGGGUCUCACGUUUGGGGUCCCUGAAUUGGAUGUCAAGCGGGCCAAGCCUCGCUCAAGCAAGGGCAAAGCUCCUGCCCUGGACUCAGCUGAGACAGUCUCAGCCGAUUUGCCUCAACCUGACGAGCCUUCGACGAGCAGACUCCCAUCACCCCCUGUCGAAACUCCCAAAUGCAUUCCCCUCCACGGCACUCUCCAACUGAUGCAUUGCGUGACAUGCACGCAUUCGUAUCCUCUACGCGACUACAUCGACUCGCUAGUGUCAGGUACUCCUCCGCCGUGUCCUCAGUGCACCGCUCUCGAGGAGACGCGACAACUCGUAGGCAAGCGGUCUCGCGGAGUUGGGAAGCUGCGACCCAGCGUAGUACUCUACAACGAAGAUCACAAGGACGGAGAGGAGGUGGGCAACGUCGUCCGGAAGGACCUGAUGGGAAGCUCUAAGGGCAAGGGCCGCGCGGGAGCGGACCUGCUCCUGGUGGUAGGGACCAGCCUGCGUGUCCCGGGAACGAAGCGCAUCGUGCGCGAGUUCUCGAAGGCCGUGCGAUCCCGGCAUGCCGCGAUGAACGCACCCCCAGACCCGCCUGCAGACGGACAGACGACAUCUGCCCACGGUCUCGUGACGCCGACACCCUCCCCACGUCGGUCACCGGCGGAGGACGAGGAGCCCCCGGUACGGACGAUAUACUUGAACCUGGAUUUUCCGGUGCCAACGAGGGAGUGGGAGGGCGUGUUCGACGUGUGGAUACGGGGGGACGCGCAGACGUUCGCGAGGAUGGUGCACGAGGAGCUGGAGAAGGAGGAGCAGGCGAAGGAGGCGGCGAAGGAGCGCAAGCGGAAGAGGGAGGAGGCGGCCGCGGAGAGCGCGAGGUUGGCCGAGGAGCAGGAGGAAGGGGAAACGGAGCAGAAGAAGGAGAAGGGGAAGAAGGCUCUUUCCUCGAGAGGGCGGAAAGAGGAGGAAGUUCAGUCGUCGCUUCCCACCCCGCCUACGUCCCGCGACGACCCCACCCGGCUGACGAUCAAGCUCCCACCUCUCCACAAGAGGCUGGUUCCUGAGGUGGUCAUAUCGACGCUCCCAAAGGUCACCCGUCCGGUGCAUAUACCAGGACCGUUCUCAUCUCCCUUGUCAUCCCCCCCAGUCUCGACGUGCGACUCCCCUCCCUCUUCUCCCCCGAGGCCCAACCAGCUACCGACUCCCCCUAGACCCACCAGGACCAUCAGCGGGACAACCGAGUUGUCCUCGCCAACUUCUUCCAUGUCGUCCUCGCCAUCGCCAUCGCCCUCCAAGAAACGGAAGACCUCGCGCGUUUGGCCACUCAGCGUGCACCACUGCACUUGCAUCCUGACCACCAUGUCUACCUCUGCCGCCUCUACUUCCCAGCCAAUCCAGAGCACCUCGGCAGCGGUUGAGCACACGAAGGACGACGACGUUCCCCACCUCGGCGUUCUCGAGGAGGAUGACGAGUUCGAGGAGUUCGCGGUAGCCGAUUGGGAUGACUCCCACACGGAUCUUGCACACUUGGGCGGCACGGCGCCGGGCGCGGCGAAGUCGGGCGGGGACAAGCUGUGGGAGGAUAACUGGGACGAUGACGAUAUCGAGGACGACUUCAGUGUACAGCUAAGAAACGAGCUGGCGAAGAAGAAGGGCAAUGGUGGCGGCCCAGAGCCCAUGCAGCACUGAAGGAGGAAGCCCCUGUUUGAUCGUACCUGUGCUAUUUGCGACUAUGUUUCACCGGACGCUCUCUGUACCCGUGGUUUAUCCAGCUCCCCAACCAUCCAACCCAAUCCGCUGUGCGCUGCAUCUGGAUCGAGCGAAAUCUAUGCACGUUCAUGGGAAAAGCUGCAGUCGGUCUCGUGCGGCCGCGGGCCUCUCCAUCCUUCCAUUGGAGUCACGGUUCGUCCUGUCAAACUAAUAAGCUUUCUUCCGCCUUGCGUCACAAGAAGUAGCCAAUGCAUGUCUCUGUAUCAC